AUGGUCUUCUUAAAAACAUACAACUUCUUUCCAUCGAUUCCUCCAACACAAGAUCAACACCAACUUCGAAAUCAGCUCAUUUCAACACGAUUAUUCAUUAUUCUGCUCACUCUCUCGUUAACUAUUCUUCUUCUCUACAACUCAUUAAUUACUAUUACACAGACAAACACAGUUACUUUUCCGACAAUCACAACAUAUUUACAGUUGUACUCUGAAUAUCCUCAAUCAUUAUCUUGUGAUUGCAAACAAAUCUCCAUCAAUCAUGAUAAAUUUCUUCACAUCACUUACACAUUUCACGAGAUCUGUAGUAGUGCUUUCACUACAUCGCGUUGGCUCGAUUAUCUGACCGACGCACGUCCCGAUAUGACCCUAUUUAGAGAUGACUUUCGAGCUAGCAGCGGUAUUGCGGUUUUUCAAACUCUCAUUACUUUUUGUGAUUUAAGCAGCGAAACAGUCGAAAAUCGUUUGAGCGAAUUCUAUUCGAGUCAAUUUGUGAGCGCAUCUCUCCUUCCUUCAGAACUAUUCUACCUUGAAAUUGAAUCACUCAUUACUCAAUUCAUCUCAACAACAACUAACACAUUUUUAUUAUCAUUGUCAUCAAUUCGACAAAUGACGCAGGGUAACGUUCUAUUAUCCGCAACUUUAACAAACUAUGAAUUCGUUCCGCUCAGCAACCACUAUUUUCUGUCAAAUCCCUACACAUACGACAAUUGCAGUUGUUCACUAUCAGGUAGCUGUUUCGAGCCAUAUUCGAUUUUCAACGGCUUAGAUCGUACAGUCAUACUAUAUACUGUACCUGGCAUGAACGCUGCCUGUUAUCCAGUUGAAGCAGUAUUACAAUCGGAUCUCCGAUGUUUCUACAAUCAAACAUGUAUAAUUCAAGUACAAUCCUAUUUUAAUGAAUCAUCACCAAUGAAUGUUUCAGCUCUUGAUCCAUCUUUAUUAGGUGAGUUUAUGGUAGAGUCAACAAUGGAAGAUGUCGUCAAAAAGUUAAUGGUAGUUAAAUGGAAUGAAUCGAUCUUGUAUGAAAAUUACUUUAAUGAAUGUGCAGUGAGAGAGUGUCGUUAUGUACAUGAAACAAAAAACGACGCGCUUUACAUAAUAACUACAAUCAUAGGAUUAAUUGGCGGUUUAAUUACGAUUUUAAAGCUAACAGUUCCACGAUUCGUUACACUUACUAUGUUUUUCAUCAGAAAGUACCGGAUGAGAUAUAAUCGUAAUCAAAUAAUGCCUCUUACAGAAAACUGA